AUGAACGCACUCCCUUCCUCUUCCUCUUCCACCUUCGCUUUCGUAACUCAGUCCAAGAACCCUACUUAUCUCUUCAAGUUCACACCUAAAGUACCCAUUUUACCCCUACACUCACAUGCACCGUGUUGCUCUGUCAGCGACUCAUCCUCGUCGGCCACUGUGCUGGACAAAAAUGCUCCCUCAUCGGAACAGAAUUCCCGCAAUGCGUAUUCGUCCGAAGGAUCGGGCUCCGAGGAAGCCCUUGUUGUUCGCCGGCCGGUGACGUAUUUUCCCGGCGCGGAGGAAGAAGAGAAGGAGGCGGAGGAGGAGGAAGAGAAGGAGGCGGAGGACAGUGUUGACGCGAAGGCCUCGGCGAUCGACGCCGGGCUCGCGAGGUUCGCGAAGAACAUGCCUAUAUUUGAACCUGAGAGGGUGGAGUCGAAAGAGAGACCCCUGGCAGUGAAUUUGGACUUGGCGUUAUACAGGGCGAAGCUUAUGGCUAGAAGAAGCUUUCGGUAUAAAGAAGCAGAGGCGUUGCUUCAGAAGUGUAUAAGCUUAUGGCCUGAAGAUGGUCGACCUUACGUGGUACUUGGCAAGAUUUUGAGCAAGCAAUCGAAAACAGGUGAAGCCAGAGAGGUAUACGAGAAGGGUUGCCAGGCUACGCAGGGUGAAAAUGCCUACAUUUGGCAGUGCUGGGCUGUUCUUGAAAUGCAAAUGGGAAAUUUCAGGAGAGCAAGAGAGUUUUUUGAUGCUGCCACGGUUGCUGAUAAGAAGCAUGUUGCUGCUUGGCAUGGAUGGGCAGUUCUAGAGUUAAAGCAGGGAAAUAUAAAGAAGGCAAGGACUCUACUCGGUAAAGGCCUUCAAUAUUGUGGACAGAAUGAGUACAUAUACCAAACACUUGCACUGCUUGAAGCUAGAGCAAAUAGAUAUCAGCAGGCUCGUUAUUUAUUCAAUCAGGCCACCAAGUGCAAUCCUAAUAGCUGUGCUAGUUGGCUUAGUUGGGCACAAAUGGAGGUGGAACGGGAAAACUAUCGUGCUGCUAGGAAGUUGUUUGAGAAAGCAGUACAGGCUAGUCCUAAAAAUAGGUUUGCUUGGCAUGUAUGGGGCCUUUUUGAAGCAAACAUGGGCAACAUUGACAAGGGAAGAAAACUUUUAAAGAUAGGUCACAAUCUAAAUCCGAGGGAUCCUGUUCUACUUCAAUCUCUUGCUUUAUUAGAAUACCAACACUCAACUGCAAACCUUGCUCGGGUUUUGUUCAGGAGAGCAUCAGAAUUGAAUCCAAGGCACCAACCUGUUUGGUUUGCUUGGGGUUGGAUGGAAUGGAAGGAAGGAAACAUGAAUACAGCCAGAGAAUUAUACCAAAAAACUUUAUCAAUUGAUCAAAACAGUGAAACUGCUGCCAGAUGUCUCCAGGCUUGGGGUGUUAUGGAGCACAGGGUUGGCAAUCCUUCAGCUGCUCGUAGAUUAUUUAAAUCCUCGUUGAAUAUAAAUUCCCAGAGUUAUGUGACGUGGAUGACUUGGGCAUCAAUGGAGGAAGAACAAGGAAAUUCUGUGCGUGCUGAAGAGAUUCGUAAUCUCUAUUUCCAACAGCGCACAGAAGUUGUAGAUGAUGCUUCAUGGGCUAUGGGAUUCUUAGAUAUUUUAGAUCCGGCCAUUGACAGUUUAAAGACGCUCCUCAAGCUGAACCCAAAUUCUUACAACACGCCAUCUAAUUCUUUGAGAAGUAUCGCGGGAACAGAUAAAAACAAGGUCGAUUUUUCUAGUAACGACAAUGAUGAGGAUGAUGCAAAUGGUGAAAGUGACUUCGAUUUGGAUGCUUUCAUUAUAAAAAGGCUAUUCUUAGAUCCGUCCAAUCUAGAAGUUCAGUUGGAAGCGCCCAAAAUUUCCUCCGUGAAGAGAAGUCCAUCUGGUAGAAGGAUAUGGCGACCAAAUAAUCGAAUUGCUAGAGUGCAAGUCCAAAGUAACGUUCUUUAG